GCGAGGGAGGGGCUGGAGCCGUGACCCGGCGGAGAAGGCGCUGUGCUCCCGCCGACGGAAGGGCAGGGGGCGGGGCCGGCGGGCGGCGCGUGCAGGUGCCCUGCGGCUGAGCCCCGCGGGGGUCCGUGGCCCUCGCGUGGCAGUGGCCGCCGCUGAAGCUUGGUCGCCGUCGGUCUGAGGGAGGCAGGUUAUGGCGACGGCGGCAGUGGGAGCUGUGAAUGAGUUCUCCGGGUGGACGAGGGAAGAAGAAAGGCUCCGGCGGCCCCAGCAGCCCGGUGCCUCGCAGGCCUCCGCCCCCCUGCCCGGCCCCCGCCCCUCCGGCCGCCGGGCCGGCCCCUUCGCCGGCGUCGCCCCAUAAGCGGAACCUGUAUUACUUCUCCUACCCGCUGUUCGCAGGCUUCGCGCUGCUGCGCCUGGUGGCCUUCCACCUGGGGCUCCUCUUCGUGUGGCUCUGCCAGCGCUUGUCCCGCGCCCUCAUGGCCGCCAAGAGGAGCUCCCGGGCCGCGCCGGCGCCGGCCUCGGCCUCGCCUCCGGCGCCGGAGCCGGGCGGGGAGGCCGAGCGCGUCCGAGCCUUCCACAAACAGGCCUUCGAGUACAUCUCUGUCGCCCUGCGCAUCGACGAGGACGAGAAAGCAGGACAGAAGGAACAAGCUGUGGAAUGGUAUAAGAAAGGUAUCGAAGAACUAGAAAAAGGAAUAGCUGUCAUAGUGACAGGACAAGGUGAACAGUGUGAAAGAGCUAGACGUCUUCAAGCAAAAAUGAUGACUAAUUUGGUUAUGGCCAAGGAUCGCUUACAACUUCUAGAGAAGCUGCAACCAGUUUUGCAAUUUUCGAAGUCACAAACUGACGUCUAUAAUGACAGUACUAACUUGACAUGCCGAAAUGGACAUCUCCAGUCAGAAAGUGGAGCUGUUCCAAAAAGAAAAGAUCCCUUAAUGCACACUAGUAAUUCACUGCCUCGUUCAAAAACAGUUAUGAAAACUGGAUCCGCAGGUCUUUCAGGUCACCACAGAGCACCCAGUUACAGUGGUUUGUCCAUGGUUUCUGGAACAAGACAGGGGCCUGGUCCUACAGCUGCCACUCAUAAGGGUACUCCAAAAACAAACAGAACAAAUAAGCCUUCUACCCCUACAACUGCUGCUCGGAAAAAGAAAGACUUGAAGAAUUUUAGGAAUGUGGAUAGCAACCUUGCUAACCUUAUAAUGAAUGAAAUUGUGGACAAUGGGACAGCUGUGAAAUUCGAUGAUAUAGCUGGUCAAGAGUUGGCAAAACAAGCUUUGCAAGAAAUUGUUAUUCUUCCUUCUCUGAGACCUGAGUUGUUUACAGGGCUGAGAGCACCUGCCAGAGGAUUAUUACUCUUUGGCCCACCUGGAAAUGGGAAGACAAUGCUGGCUAAAGCAGUAGCUGCAGAAUCUAAUGCAACGUUUUUUAAUAUCAGUGCUGCAAGUUUAACUUCAAAAUACGUGGGAGAAGGCGAGAAAUUGGUGAGAGCUCUUUUUGCUGUGGCUCGAGAACUCCAACCUUCUAUAAUUUUUAUAGAUGAAGUUGAUAGCCUUUUGUGUGAGAGAAGAGAAGGGGAACAUGAUGCUAGUAGACGUCUAAAAACUGAAUUUCUAAUAGAAUUUGAUGGUGUACAGUCUGCUGGAGAUGACAGAGUACUUGUAAUGGGUGCAACUAACCGACCACAAGAGCUCGAUGAGGCUGUUCUCAGGCGGUUCAUCAAACGGGUAUAUGUCUCUUUACCAAAUGAGGAGACAAGACUGCUUUUACUUAAAAAUCUGUUAUGUAAACAAGGAAGUCCAUUGACCCAAAAAGAACUAGCACAACUUGCUAGAAUGACUGAUGGAUACUCAGGAAGUGACCUAACAGCUUUGGCAAAAGAUGCAGCAUUGGGACCUAUCCGAGAACUGAAACCAGAACAGGUGAAGAAUAUGUCUGCCAGUGAGAUGAGAAAUAUUCGAUUAUCUGACUUCACUGAAUCUUUGAAAAAAAUAAAACGCAGCGUGAGUCCUCAAACUUUAGAAGCAUACAUACGUUGGAACAAGGACUUUGGCGAUACCACCGUUUAAAGAAAGCCUUUGUAAGCCUGCAGAGCAUUUACUUAACAAGAGGGAAGCAUCUGAUCUUCAGCGAACAGUUAUCAGCUACAGAAACUCAACCUAAGUUUACAGGACUUUCCAGAGUCUUACAGUUACUUGUGUACCAAACUUGAACAAGAAAACAAUAUAUAAUGUGAAUGGAAUAUUGUGUUGUUUAAGGCCUUCUUGCCUUGGUGGUCACGGUAUCUCAAUGGGCACUUAAAUUAGAGCACAACGAAAACUCAAUCUGGUCUUCUUUACCAGUAUAAACGUAAUGUAAAUAAUAAUUUGUAUAUUGUGUUGCAGGUAAAAGUAUUUCAGAGACAGUGAAUGGUAGAAGACACAAAAGCCUGUGGGUGUCCAUCUUCUGUUUUUUCUUAAGUAGUAAUUUUUCCAAUUUUCCUUUCCUAUGUUUUUCUUAACUGCCUGUGUUUAGAAUACCAAACACUUUUUAAGUUUCUUUUUUUUUCUUUUCCUCUUAUAAAUCCAGCGUGCCAAAUGAAAUUUUUUCCAACCAGCAAUAGGAAAAGGCUAUUUUGAGGCUUUUUCUUCGUAACUCUACAGACACUUAAACAGUUUUAUGUUUUUAUUUUUCUGUUACCUCGCUGCCAAAUAGUUUAGAAAGCAAUAUAAUAGCAACAAAGCAAAUCUGGUAAAACUGAACAGGUUUAAAGGUUGAGUUUCUCUGUUACAUAAUAUGUAGAUCAGUUUUCAUGAACUGCAGUAUUUUUUUUCUCCUAAUGUGUCAAGAAUCUGCUGUAGACUGUUAAUUUAUUCCAAUUGGAAUUCAUUUUCUGCUAAAUUCUGAUACUCAAAGGAGCCAAUUUUAACGGUUAUAAAGUGGCUCCAGUACAAGACAAGGGAAAUAAGAAGAAAUAAGACAAAGGAGAUAAAAAUUUCUAAUUUAUUAUCACUUUCUUACUGUUUACAGGAUAAUUAUAAGCCAGUGGAACUACCAUAUUUUAUUCUUAAUAAUUAUGAGUCCCCUCAGUGAAGCUAAAAUACUGGAUUUUUAUAUACAUGGCAUAGAUUUUAUAUGUUUCUUGUGCUCACUUUAUUAACAAAGAGUUGUGGUCAGUAUGUCUAGUUUCUCCAAAAUGUACAGCAGUUCUGUUUCUUGUUUGUAUAAAUAUGCCUGAUUUUUAUUAUAAAAAUGUUCAUUGUAGGAAGUAGAGAUGCAUAUCAUGGCCUUUAAAAUAUUGUAAUAAAGGCAAAUGGAUAUUUGCCCUUAGUUUACUGGUUAAAAGUUGGUUUACAGAAUUUUCUUUGGUGCUUUAAUGAUGCUAUGUAAAAUGUCAUGAAUGGAAAGAAUAACUUUGUAGUAGUAACAGAGACUUCAUUUAGUAAAUAUGUUUUGAGAGAAUACCUUAAAGUACAUUUGCCCCACUAGAUAAAAAUUUUACAACAAAGACAUACAUUCUCUUUGAUUUUACUUCUGCUCUUGUUAAAAAAUUAAUCUAAAUAUAGAAGACAUAUGAAUCCUUAGUAUCAUAUGCUAUUUGUCACCAUACCUUAAAUCAUACCUCCUUAAUCACAAACCUUUAAUUUCCUAGAUGAUAAAAAUAAAGAGUUCAGGGGCCAGGGAUUUAGCUCAGUGGCAUAAGCGCCUGCCUUGCAAGUGCACAGUCAUGAGUUCAAUCCCAGUACCAAAAAAAAAAAAGAGAGAGUUGAGAUAAGGGAAGAAGUUUAAAGCCAGAGCUAUACAUAUUUUAGGUCAUGGGUAGUAUCUUUUUUUGUGUGGUUUUUUUUUUUUUUUUUUUUUUUUUUUUUUGAGACAGUGUCUCACCAUGUAGUUCAGGCAGGCCUUGAACUCACUGUGUAGCCCUGGCCAGCCUUGAACUCAUAGCAGUCCUCCUGCUUCAGCCUCCCCAGUGCUGAGAUUACAGGCAUAGACCACCACACCCAGCAGGUAUCAAGUAUUAAACCAUCAGUUACAAAAUAAUACAGAGUGGUGAUAAAGUAUAUAUGAUUAGAAGAACUGGGGAAAUUUAAAAACCUUUUCAGUAAGUCAUGAAAUUUCAUUUUUUUCCACUUAGGAAUUAAAAUAUCAACAUUUAGAUAACUGCAAUCAGAAGACUCUAUAAUUCCAAACGACUUCUUAAAUAUAGGCUUUUUAAAGAUUAUCACGCUUAUUCUAUUGGGAAGAUUUUUAGAUAAUAAAAAUUUCAAAUGCUAAAAGAUUAUAAAAGUCAAUUUAAUAUUAUCAUAAACAGGCUAAAAUUAUAUUGCUGUAUGAAUAUCCAUGCAUGUACAGAAGUUUGAGUGUCAAGUUUGAUGUUCACCUGAUAUUAGAGAACUGUUUUCUAUGACUUACUCUAACCAGAUUUUCUCAUGAGCAUGUGUUUCUUUCAUAGAAAGGUCAUGAAAAUAAAAUAAUGACAUAACAGGAGAAAAUAGAAUAAUGACAUGGUAGGCGGUAUGGGAUCAUUUUGGACAGAAGUUGCUAAGGCUUUCUGAAUUAUUAGAUUGUAACAUUUUAGACACUGUGUUAAGCUCUGUGUUGCAUUAUUCCCUAAAUGAUCAUGCUUAAAUAUUAAGCAUUAGUGUGUUCUUUAUGUUAAUAUGGCAAAAUUUUGUAAACUAAAAAUUAUUGGGGUAUUAGAUAUUGAUAUUGAGCAAAAGGAAAGAAUACAUACUGUAUUAUCUUUCCUGUUUAUUAGGGAUAACAGUUUUUCUGAGACAGUCUGCCCAUUGAGGGACUUUCUGGCUUGCAAAUACUAUAUGCUUUGUGCUCAAGAAGAAUUGGAGAAAAAUCAGAUAGAAUUCUAAUUUAAGUACAUAUACAACAGUCUUUGUUUAUAGUGUAAAAUUCUUCAUAUUUUGUACAAAAACUAAUUUUUUUGGUAAAACAAACCAUUUACAGUUUGUUUUUGGACUCUUAAAGGAUUUUUCUUUAAAUGCUUGUCUCAGUUUUAAUCUGAUCUUUUGUACUUCUCCAGAAAAAAAUGAAUUAAAGGGUAUAGCUGCAUAAAGUGGGUUUUUAUCCUACAUGCAUUGUAAAUAAAUUAUAAACUUUA